GGCUGGCAAACCAUAACAUUGCAAGCAAGGCGCUAGGCGAGAAAGCCAUCGAGGGUAAAGACAGAGCUAGCUAGAGAUCUAUAGCUAGUCAUGAUUCUGUUGGUACUGACUGUGUUCCUCACUCUGACAACCUCCACUUGGGCCGCUGAGGUACCUAAGGCUGGAGCUGACAUUGAUGCCAUCCUUUACUACGAGCCACUCACUCAGGCUAACACAAGAGUGACUAGAGAGGCAGACAUUGCACACCUUCACCUAACUGCCUUCAAUAGGACGUUUAGUGCCAAGCUGCUGCCAUCACGAGAAGUGUUUCACCCUCAGGCACGCUUUAUGUACCUAGGGCAACCAAUACAGCCACUCACAUUUUACAAGGGAAAAUUAAACGAGGAAGCACACUCUUCUGUAAAAGGCCACCUGGUCAAUGGUGUGUUUGAUGGCAUUAUAACAUCUCAAGGUGUUGAAUAUCAUGUGGAGGCAGCGGACAAGUUCUUGCAGAGUCCAUCUUUCCAUUCUCUCAUGUACAGAGCUACUGAUGUCACUCCACCGACUGCAGGAGGUUGUGGAACUAAACGAAAGCUCGUAGAGAAACUCUCACGCACACAAUCCACUGCAAGACCCACUCGAGACAAGCCUGGUCACUAUGGCAACGAUCGGCACACACGAGCAUCGACAGCUAAUGGAAAUAGGUUUUGUCAGAUGUUGAUUGCAGCAGAUCACUUGUUCCUGGAGAGUAUCGGAGGUGGGAGCAUAGCUGCAGCUAUGAGCGAGAUGGUUACUAUAGUAACACAAGUACAGGACAUAUUCAGAGUGACUGACUUUGAUGCUGAUGGCACUGCUGAUGGUAUCAUACCUCUAAUAGCACGUGUGGAGGUGAUGGGUCUAAACACUCCUGGAUAUAGAUUCAGUAAUCCAUCACUAGCUGUCGGUGAAUACCUCGACUUGUGGUCCCAGAUCAACCACGAAGAGUUUUGUUUGGCUCUGUUGUUCACUUACAGGGACUUUAGUGAUGGUGUGCUUGGUCUUGCGUGGGUGGCACAAGCUACUGGUGGGAAUAGUGGGGGUAUAUGUGAGGAGAGAGUCACACUCAAUGUAGGACCACGCUAUCUCAAUACUGCCAUUGUCACCAUGCUCAACUUUGGACGCAGACAACCUCGCUCUGUAACUGUCAUCACCACAGCUCAUGAGAUAGGACACAACUUUGGCUCUCCCCAUGAUCCUAGUACCACCGAGUGUGCUCCUGGUUUAUCUGGUGAUGGAAACUUCCUUAUGUUCCCUCAAGCCACUGAUGGAGCUCAGAGUAACAACAACAACUUCUCACCAUGUUCAAGAAGAAGCAUUCUGCCAGUACUUCAAAGCUCUGGGUCAUCAUGCUUUGAUGCUACUGGUACCUUCUGUGGUAAUGGACUAAUGGAACAGGGGGAGCAGUGUGACUGUGGUGAUACUUGUGCCACUGAUCCCUGCUGUACUACCAACUGUACACUCACUCAAGGAGCUGUAUGCAGUCCCUCACAGAUCUGCUGCAAUGAUCAAUGUCAGUUCAGAGGGAAUGAAACGGAAUGCAGGGCUGUAACUGAAUGUGGAACAAGUGUCAAUUGCACUGGCACGACUGCCACAUGUGGUCCCCCUGAUGAGAGGGAUGGAGUUAGCGCUCUGUGCAAUAACAACAUGAACUUCUGUGUGCGUGGAGUGUGUUCAGGAUCAGUGUGUGUACGUGGAGGUCUGGCUGACUGUCAGUGUACACUAGUGGAGAGUGAGAGAUGUGAUGUGUGCUGUGUAUUCAAUGGAGUAUGCACCUCUACCGUAUCCACUAAUAUCCCUGGCGUUAUGAGCCAAGUACGUGAUAGUGGGAGAUCAUGUAACAAUCUGACAGGCUAUUGUGACAGCAACCGAGUGUGUCAGGUUGUCGACAAUGAGCGCACACUAAAUGACCUCCUUGACCUCUUCACUCUGGAAACUCUUACAACCAUUGUCGCCUGGCUCUCUGCCUAUUGGUACAUUCCAGUGGGUGUCAUAGUAGGAAUAGCCAUUCUCAUCAUUCUCUUGCAAGUCACUUAUCGCCGGAGGAAGCCCAUCAAGCGUCGUUUCAGUCAAGCUCGUAACUCAAUGCGUCGUGGGGGCAUGGCACAAGCACAGGCUGGAGGCGUGGCACAAAGAGACAACAGACCACCCCCUCAGAGAAAUAUCUCCCCAAGAGAGGCUUUGACGCGUCUGAGUCAUUUCUUCCCAACUGCUGACAGAGCAGUUAUUCAAAAUGUUGUUGACAGUGCUCGAAGUGAGUCUAAAGCUGUUAAGAAGCUGUUGAAGAAUGGCUACCCAAUGAAGCGUGUACCCAUCCCAAGAGCUUAGCAAUCAUAAUGUGAAUGUGAUCACACUUUUAAACACUUUUUAUAUGUAAUAAUGAAGUCAUGAUGUACAACAAUGAACGUGAAAUAUGCUGAUUCAAGUGAUUUUGUUGAUUUGUUAUUUAUUGCUAAACUGUCUGUUGAUCCUUUCAUGA